GGGUCUUUCGAGGGAAAGAAUGGCAGUCGGCGGGUGGGCCAUGUUGGAUUGAGACGACCGAGAAGCGCAAAGUUAUACAAAGAGGUGGCUGGCAGAGUGAACACUGCUUGGGUCUGUGUUGUACGCUCGUUGGUCGUCGUCGUCCUCUCCGAGGUCUGGAAUCAUGAAGGCCGACGUCAUCACGGAAAGCCCAGCCGAGCCGCCGGCCAAUGUGCCCGUGUUGUUGGCGCGUCUUUUGGAGCCCCUUGUGGAGGAUGCCAUCGACCAGCUAGCCGUUCUGAGUGGACUGGGUAGUCGAGCCCAUGGCGCGGGUGGUGGGCCGACGCCGACCGUGUUGGUGGGCGAUGAGAUCUCAGAGAUCAUCGCCCGCCAGCGCGAGCUCGAAUUGGAGUAUGACAAGGUUCUAGGGGUUCGGGCCCAGUUGCAGCAAGACCACAACGUUGAGCUACUGCGCGCCAAUGACGAUAAACUGCGUGCCAUUGCCAAGGCCCUCAAGCAAUCGACGUCCUCUCUGUGCGCUGCGCUACGCAUGACCAAUGCCUCUGGCAAUGCGAUGGUCAAGUUUCAAAAUGAUCGCCAGUUUGCACAGUUGGCGCUCGAGCAACUCCUCGAUGGACUUCGAACUCAAGCACCCUCCUGUCAGCCUCUGGUGGAUCAGAUUGAAGCGGAGCGCCAAAAGCAAGCUUCAAUGGCGGCGGUGAUUGUACGCGAGCAGGAAGCACGGCAGCGCAUCAAGACGCUGCGAGCCAGCAUUGCCCAACUUAAAGAAUCCCACGUGCGACAGGUUCAAGAGUAUAAUAGCUUAAUUGCUCAGCUCAAAGACGAAUGUCAAGCCACACGUGUGCGGCUCGGCAUGGAAGCCGAUUACCUUACCCGCCAAUCAGACCUCCAGGUGGAAAUGGCCGGCAAGAAGACGACAUUGACGGUUCUUGAACUCAAGGCGCAGCUUCGCGAGCUGACCACUGCACUCGAGGAAGAGCAAGCCGUGUCUGCCGAGGUACAGAGCUUUUUGCAAAAGGCUUACAGCGAUCUCAAGAACAAGUUGCAAGAUUGGACCAACAAGUCAGAAGCAGACACAGUUGCCAAGCAGGGUGAGCUUGAUGAUCAGCGCGCGGCACAGGCCAAGGAUCUGAAUAGCUUGCAGGAGCUGACCGAACGCUACAACGAGUACAACAAGAUUGUGCAAAAGGAUCUGCAACGAAAGGAGAAAAUGCGCCUCGCGGCUGAACGAGCUAUCAAGGAGUUGGCGGCUGCGAUUCGGAUCCAGGCUUGGUGGCGGGGCCUGCUGGUGCGGCACAAGAUGGGGCCCUACAAGGACAAGAAGAAGAGUGCCAAAUCAAGCAAGAAGAAGAAGGGUGGCAAGAAGAAAAAGUAAAAUCUUUUGAAAGAAUGGUCUCAGUCCUGAGGUUGGAAGCGCCCAACGAGCGCUCUCUCAUCGCCCCAUGGCGUGCUACUCUCGUCUUCAACUCCACGUUUCAUGUUAUCAAUCCAUCAUGUUC